AUGCACUCUGUCAGUACUACUCCUGCCAAAUUCCGCACCGAAAAUGCUAACUUCCCCCUCCCCCUUACCAGGCUACUCAGACCCCCGUCAACAACGCAGGCGCUUGCGGCGUCUCUACUUGCAGCUGCGGUAACACCUGCCAAUGCGCUGCGGAUACUUGCAAGUGCUGAGUGCCAGUUCUUCUGUUGUGCUCACAACGGUGUAGAUUGGGAGGAAGUGGAAGUGUGA